AUGAGUAAUAUGCUUACAAUCGAUGCAGCGGAAUUAAUUAACGUGAUCUACGUCAUAAUUCAAUUGAAUAAAGUAGGUUUUGAGCUUCUUUUUAUUGGAAUAAAUUGAAUGAUUUUCAAUAUCUUUUAAUUCGGAAGGUAAAGAAUUAAAUAAACUUGCACCACUGAAGGAAAUUUUGGAUUUUGCUUGCGUGGUCUUAACUGAUGGAACUUUUAAGUCUGUAAUAGACGAUCUAGUUGGAAUUGGAUGAGAGUCGCGAACAAAGACAAACAAUUUACGAAGAUCCAGCGGCCAAGAUGUUUUUAAAGUACUGAAUACCAAUAAUAUUUUUCUCAUUUUGAUCAAAUUAAAAAUAGGUAUCCAGUUGAGUUUACGGAAAAGCACAAUUGAAGGCACUUCAGUUGACUGCUCAAGAAUUAGUCUCGCUGCACGUUUCUGUAGUUUUAGUAGGCACGUAAUUAGAUCGUUAUUAGCAUUGCCCCAGACUGUGCUACAAUAUAGCAAGUGUGGGUAGAUUAGUGCGUAAUAUAAUUGAAUACGGGAUUGAAAAGUGAGAUAGGAACGAUAAUGCCUUAGAAACGAGACUUAUUUACUGGGUAGAGAGUUAUAUAGGUAAUUACAGAUAAUAAACAUUUAGUCGGUCUUUACAACAGUCCACGUCAACCAGGUCCUUUCCGAGUCGAGCGUAUGCGUUAAUUAAAGCUACAAGGAUUUUCGUUUAAGAUUGUAUACCGGCCUAGUAAAUUGAAUCCUGCAGAUUACACCUCAAGACAACCCCUACCGUACUCUGGGUGCCAGAGCCUCCUGUGAUAGAAGUGAGGACACGACGAGGAGGCUCUGGUCACACGAGCAUCCAGCCUCAGUUUGGUGAGUACAAUAUUUGAACUCUGUUUAUGAUUGGUCUAAAUUUAUAUGAGUCUUUUCAUUGGUUGUUUCAGAGCCUCUAACCGAUGAGCGUCGGUUAGAGGCUCUGGCGACAAGAGGCUCUGGCACCCAGGGUACCCCUACCGUUGUCCCAAUGUUCAAAACGAGAGUUGAAAUAAUCGGCAGAACUAGAAGCGCACGUCAAUUGGGUUGUUACUAAUGGCGUUCCUCCAUCUCCAAAGAUCAAAGAAAUUCACUCCGCGACCCAUUUCGAUCCAGUCCUCUGCGAUUUUUACAAGGCUAUCGAGAAUCAACGGACUAUCGAUGGUGCAAAAUUUAGACAACAUAGAAUUGUAGGAGAAAAACUCUCUAUCACAAAAGGGGUCAUAUUGAGGGGUAACAGAAUCAUGACACCGAAGUCGUUACAAAACAAGGUUAUCAAGGUAGCACACGAAGGUCACCAAGGCCUCGUUAAGGACAAACAAUUGCUCAGGUCUAGAGUAUGGUUUCCCAAGAUGGACGACGCAGUAUUAGCCAUUGUUGGUCCCUGUAUUGCAUGCCAGGUACUGUGA